AUCCCCUGUAUCUCCUUUUGCUUUUGUCCGAUUCUUAAAUAUCUGAUCUGUUUUUUCUUCUCUGUGUGUUGUAAAUCAACUAGUAGUAACGAAGAAGUAACUGUUGGUAGUGGAAUUAUUAGAGUUAGGAGUCUUCUUCUUCAACUUUUUUUUUGUUUCUUCUUCUUGAGGGUUUAUGAUCCGAUUUUAGUGUUUCUUCUUGGAAUCUAGAAUAGAUCCAUCAUUUCCUUGUUGGGUUCUCGAUUUAUCUUUUGAAUUCAUUUAGAAACUUUCAAGAAUGUUCAAAGCUUUGAACUUUGGUUUUAAUAUUUUUUUUGUUUGCUCUGUAACCAAGGAUCCUAUGUUUGCUCUGAUACACACAUAUGUGAAAAGGAUCCAAUUUAUACUCUAUGGUUCAAACUUUCCUUAUAUGUUCAUGCUUUAUUGCUUAUGCUGUGUAAAACUAUAAAAUAUAUACAGUUUACACAUUUAUAUGAAAGUUCCUAUCUUUGGCUUGUGCUCUUAUGCAAGUAUACAUAAACACAAUGUGAUACAUAAGUUGUGUGAUCUACUCUUGAACCGGUUUCAGUUUCACCCAAAUUGUCUGGUCUUUUGCUCUCUUAUAGGUAAAGCUAAAAAGGGAUCUGAUCCGUUUGGUUUUAGACUGAAGAAGAAGUGAUGGGUACUCAAAUCAAUUUCAACAACUUAAACGAAGAUUCUUCUGGAGGGAAUGGGAGUAACAAUAACCAGUCAAAGCCAUUAGCUAGGCAGUCUUCGUUAUAUGCCUUAACAAUUGAUGAGCUUCAGAGCACAUUGGGUGAGCCAGGGAAAGAUUUUGGGUCAAUGAAUAUGGAUGAGCUCCUCAAGAACAUAUGGACUGCUGAGGAAACUCAAGCCAUUAUGACAACUCCAUCCUCCAUUGCAGCUGUGCAACCUAGUACUGGUUUUGUCCCGGGAGGGAAUCUUCUACAGAGGCAAGGCUCCUUGACUUUGCCUAGAACGCUUAGUCAGAAAACUGUUGAUGAGGUCUGGAAAAACUUGAUGUCCAAAGAGAGUGGUAAUGGGGAUAUGGGAAAUAGCUGUGGGUCUGAUGCACCUGGGAGGCAACAGACUUUAGGGGCAAUUACUUUAGAGGAUUUUUUGCUACGCGCUGGCGUUGUGAAAGAAGAUAAUAACUCUACUCAAAUGGACGAAGACAGUAGCGGUUUUUAUCAUAACAACGGUGCUUCUGCUGGUUUGGAAUUUGGAUUUGGUCAGCCGAAUCAAAACAACAUAUCAUUCACCGGCAACAAUAGUUUAGGCCUUAAAGUGCAGCAGCCACAUCAGAGAUUGCCUCCAACUAUCUUUCCAAAACAAGCGAAUGUAACAUUUGCAGCGCCUCUGAAUAUGGUCAAAAAGAGUGUAUAUGAGGCUGAUGAUGGUCGGGUCAACAAUAAUAGUGGUUAUGCUUCUAUGGGAGGAACAGGGGUUACUGUUGCAGCUACUUCUCCUGGGACAAGUAGUGCAGAAAACAAUGCUUGGUCAUCACCAGUUCCAGUUCCAUAUGUGUUUACUCGGGGAAGAAGAAGCAAUACGGGACUGGAGAAGGUUGUUGAGAGAAGGCAAAAGAGAAUGAUCAAGAAUCGAGAAUCCGCUGCUAGAUCAAGGGCUCGAAAGCAGGCUUACACCUUGGAACUCGAAGCCGAGAUUGAAAAUCUCAAGCAAGUGAAUCAAGAUUUGCAGAUAAAACAGGCUGAAAUUAUGAAAACCCAUAAGAAUGAGCUUAAGGAAUCGCCGAAGCAGCUUCCAUGUGUGGCCAAAACCCAAUGCUUGAGAAGAACCCUUACAGGUCCGUGGUAAGAAGGCAGAGUAAAAAGCAAGAAGAGCCUCGCAAUGUAAUACAACACCCAGCAGAAGGAAGACUUUGGCUUUAGUAUGGGACUUGGGAGACUAAAAUGUAACCGAAGAUAGCUACUGUACAGGAGAGAUACUCAAUGUAGAAAUCUUUUGAGCUGAAUUUACUAAGAGUGCAGAGUAUGAUAGCUUUCAAUAUGAAUUCAUAAUUUAUAGUAUGUAGACUUUCA